GGCCGAGCUUCGCGCCGCUUCUUCUCUUCCUUCUGCUGCUGCCGCCGGCGUUGCGCGUGCCCGGGCGUGGGCUCCAAGCGCGCUCCCGUCUCUCUCUCUCUCUCUCUCUCUCUCUCCUCCGCCCGGCCAGACUCAACGAGGCUCGGAGCCUGAGAAAGCAGCAGCAGCGGCGGCGGCGGCUGAUGUUGCAACGCCCGGCCGCCCGCUCCAGCUGCGCCUCCGGCCGCCCCGCCGAGCCUUGGAUGGGGGGUCUCCUUCCUGGCCCCGCCGAGGCCCUCUGAGCAGCCGCAGCCCAGCGCUUAAGCCGGGAGCCAGACUCCGCGAUCUCUUCCCAAGCUCCGCUGGGCUCGCCUCUCUCUCUCUCUCUCUCUCUCUCUUUCUUUCUUUCUCUCUCUCCCUUCCUUCCUUCCUUCCUUCCUUCCUUCCUUCCUUCCUUCCUUUCCCGAUCCGAUGUGAGCCGCUUUUUUUUUUGGGCUCGGUCCGGAUUGAAGAAGCGCCUGGUUGGGUUGAGUUGGGUUGGGUUGGGUUGGGUUGGGUUGAGAAGGACCGCAAGCGAUCGGAGAGAACGACGGCGGGGAAGCCGAGGAUCGACUGACACCCGCACACACACACCUCCAGAUCCCACCAGAUCUCUCCCCCAACCCACCCAAGGCCGGGAGAAGGGUCGGUGGGCGCUGCUGCCUCUGCCCCAGGAGGGGGCUUGUCUAGGGGCGACCCCCGGGGGCUCCUCUGCUCGCCCCCCCGACCCCCUUUGCCUCUUGGCUAAGAAGAAGAAGAAGGAAGGAAGAAGAAGGAAGGAGGGGAGGGGUCCUUGGCGCGGAUCCCAUUGAUGCCCCAUCCCCGGGGGAGCCUUCCUGCCCGGCGCCUCGACCCCAAUUAACUUUCCCCCAAAUCUCCCCCCCCUCAACCGGGCGAAGAAAAGUCACCGAUGGCCGGGCCAAGACAGCAGCUGAGCUGGCUCCGGAGCUGGUGGACUACCGGCGUGUGUUUGGCGACCCUGGCCUUUCCAGGCCUCUGGGCUCAGAAGGUGCUCGUCAAUGAGACGGUCUCCGGCUUCAUCGGGACCGAUGUGGUCCUUCAUUGCAACUUGGUCAAGAUCAACCACACGAGGAUCACCCAAGUUACCUGGCAGAAAGCCAGCAAUGGCUCCAAGCAAAAUGUGGCCAUCUACAACCCCGUCAUGGGCGUCUCCAUCCUGCCCCCCUACGAGGAGAAAGUGGUCUUCCAGAGCCCUUCCAUCACCGAUGGGACCAUCAAGCUGUCCAACCUCCAGUUGGACGAUGAAGGGAUCUACAUCUGUGAGUUUGCCACCUUCCCUACCGGAAACCGGGAAAACCAACUCAAUCUCACUGUAUUGGCCAAACCAGUGAACCGGAUGGAGGUCACCACGAGACCACUGAUUGCCAGGGCUGGCAUGACGGAGAAGAUCCUGGUGGCCACCUGCAUAUCCUCCAAUGGGAAGCCUCCCAGCACUGUGAGUUGGGACACGAAGCUGAAAGGCGAGGCGGAAUUCCAGGAGAUCCGCAAUGAGAAUGGCACCUUCACGGUGAUCAGCCGCUACCGUCUUCUACCAAGCCGGGAGGCCCACCAACAGCAGCUGAAGUGUGUGGUCAACUACCAGUUGGAGCGUUUCACGGAGAGCAUGACCCUCAACGUGCUGUACGAACCCGAGGUCAGGAUCGAUGGUUUUGACAGCAACUGGUACCUCAACCGCAAGGAUGUGAAACUGACCUGUCUAUCGGAUGCCAAUCCUCCCGCUACUGAGUACCAAUGGAAGCUGCUGAACGCCUCGUUGCCCGACAGUGCCGAAAUUCAAAACAGCACUCUGUUCUUCAAAGGACCGGUCACGUACAGCCUAUCCGCAACAUAUAUCUGUGAAGCCACCAAUACCAUCGGCACCCGAUCUGGACAAGUGGAAGUGAAUGUCACAGAAUUCCCCUACACCCCGUCUCCACCGGGCACAUCCGUGGCGCAUCCAACCAUCCCCACCGCCGUGAUUGGGGGCGUGGUGGGCGGAGCCUCGUUGGUCGUAGUGGUGGCCGUGGUCGUCCUUAUGGUGCUCCGUCACCGGCGACACACUUUCAAGGGCGACUACAGCACCAAGAAGCACGUCUACGGCAACGGGUACAGCAAGGCGGGCGUCCCUCAGCAUCACCCACCCAUGGCCCAGAAUCUUCAAUAUCCUGACGAUUCGGACGACGAGAAAAAACCCGGCCCGCUGGGCAGCAACAGCUACGAGGACGAAGAUGACGAUGGCGCAGGGGUGGAACGGAAACACCGGUCCUGUCCCAACAAGUACGAGGAGGACUCCAAGCGGCCUUACUUCACGGUGGACGAGGGCGAAGCCCGCUCUGAAGCCUACAACGAACGGACACUUGGAUUCCAGUAUGACCCCGAGCAACUGGACAUAGCUGAUAACAUGGUCUCUCAGAAUGACGGGUCUUUUAUUUCCAAAAAAGAGUGGUAUGUGUAGCUUAGUCCACCUCCUCCCCUUUCUUGCCCUCUCUUCGCCGACCACGUCUUGCCUCCGUGCCCCAGGGCUGCUGGCUACUCCGCAGAGCCCCCGUGUGCCUUGUCACACGUCCAGAGCCCCCUGCCCACCCAACCCACGCACAUCCAGAGACCUCCAUCCGCUGGGGAAGUGGGACGCAGUACAGGGACACUUGGGAAGCCAACGAGAACUUCCACUACUUUGGGGGCACCCCGGAGGAGGCAAAGCAGGGGAGUUGUGGGGGACGGGAGGGAUGUUGCUUGGCUUAAUGAAUUUAUUUUUUUCCUUGGGGAGAGGACCGCAAUGUUUCUUUUCCCCUGCUUAAUUUUCUCCGACAGAGAUUGGUCCCUUACUGUGUCGUUUGUACUGAUCAGUGGUGGCUUUGAUGUUAAUACUUUAAUUAUUAUUGCCUGUCUUUGUAUAGUAUACCGAUCCCACCCCAUCUACACCUCCUGGUUGCAACUUAAAAAGUGUCUUCUUGGUCAGCCUUCUAGGCUCCUCUCACCCUCCCACCUCCCUUCAAAAACACUGGAAUUUGUUGAUUGUCUUAACUUUGGGGAAGGGAGGGGGCCAGGGGCAUACAUCCCCCCCACCCGCCAUGGACUUUGGAAGGCAAGGUGGGGCUUGGAGGCUGCAGACACCGAAAGCACAAAAACACAGAAUCGGGGCUGAGAGCUUUUGCUCCUUUCCGACUACCCUGGAUCUCUGGGGGCCUGUAUCUUCCUUUCAGCAUCUUCGCUGCGGCCAUUUCCCACAAUGCACUUGUGGUGGGAAGAGAACAAUCACCUGCCUUUAUCCGUGGCCACCAAAAACAAAACAAAAAACCCAGACUCGACUUCAUCUUCAGAAGAACCUUUGGGGAAAGGAAGAAAGAAAAAAACAAACAAAUGAGUGCAUGAUAUCCAGGGAGGAGAAGUGUAAUAAGUGUGGGUCUCUCUCUUUUUUUUUUGUUGUUGUUGUUGUUAUUGUUUCGUUCUUAAUUAUGAUUUUAAGAGAGAGGUUCAGGGUCUGUCAAGGAUUUGCAUGCCACAUUAUUAUUAUUUUUUCCCCCCUUCGUUUGCUCCUGGAUCCGACAUCUUUGUCGAUGGGGACCUUCUUAGAUUCACUUGCCUGAGUCCAUUCCUACCAGUUUCUCAUUCCUGGAACUGUCGAUUAGUAAACAGACUAGCGAGAAGUUGCUUGUUCUCCUUCAUCAAGUCUCGGUGUUUAAUGUUGGGAGCCCGGUGAAGCUUAACAGGCUGAAGACCAGCUAUUGUGCGCAUACUGGAGGCUCCCAAUCCAGUCACUAGCUCUUCCAAUUAAAUAGCCUCAAGUGGCAAGCAAAGAGAGACCUGUGUGAAGCUAGGAAAAAAUGUAUUUUUAUUUGGAGCUGAAAUCCUAACUGCUCUGUUGGAACACUUUAAGUUGGCCUGUAUGGGGUUUUUUUUGUUUUUUGUUUUUUUGGGGAGGAACCAAAUUUGAAAUGGCUUGAAUGUUCCAUCACAACUAAUUUUUAUUUUAUUUUUUUAAAUGUUCUGUUGGAGCAAAACGUGAGCUAUUUUAUGUGGCUGACCAUUAGAAACAGCCACAGCUGCUGCUCCUUUUGUUUUUCAUUCCAGGAUCACAAAAAAUAAGUGGGCGAGAGGCCCAAAUGCAGAAUGCUAUCGGCUACCCCAGUUGUAGAAAAAUUGGCGAAGGGCAUGAUUUUUAAAACUUCAUUGGAAGCUUUCAGAUAAAUCCCAUAGGGGAGAAAUAAAUGGAAACAAGGCUUUGCUUUUACCAAAUGAAACAACUGUUGGGAUUAGCAUCUGUUAUCAACAAUGGCCCACCCUUCCCCAACGGGGGUGAGGGAGAGGGAAGGAGGGAAAGAGAGAGAGAAAGAAAGAAAGGGAGCAGAGAGAGAGAGAGAGAGGAGAGAGAGAAAUAAUUCAUAGGCUGUCUUCGCUACCUUUAAAUAAAACUUUUGAGUUGCUCAGCCAACAGAUUACAAGAGAAACAGUUCCUUAAAAUUCCUUUCAAUUAGUACAUCUUUCUUAAUGUUUUGAAAUGUUAAAACAUUUAAGGCUGAUGGAGUGGGGUUUUUUUUUUCUAAGAAAUAAUUACGGUGUCUAAUUUUAUGUUGGCACUGUUUUGUUUUGAUUUCUUUCAAUCUGCCAGCCAUGUGCAACUCUUAACAAAACAUCAUCUGUCCUGAUGCUUCUGCUUGCGUGUAGGAGUAGCUGCCGUUGUAAAAGACAAGAGCAGGGGAGACCCACCGUGCUUCACAAUUGCAUGAGUAGCUCAAACAGAGCAUGACGGAGCGCACCAAUGCGCCAACAUUCAGCAGUUCCACCAAGCCAACAUUAAACACCAGUUCAGUCGUGUUUGUGGGGUCCUUUUGUGCUCUCUGAACUGGGUUGUUUUCUGGCAGACGUUUCAUUACCCAACUAGGUAUUAUCAUCAGUGCUAGAAGGGAGUGGGGAGAGCAAACACACACACCCCUUUAUAACACUGAUGAUGUUACCUAGUUGGGUAAUGUAAUGCCUGCAAGUAAACAGUCAAGCUCAGAGAACACCAAGGACUACACAGCUCAACCCCGAGCUACAAAUUUUCUCUUUUAUGCUCGUUUUUAAAUUUGUAGACUCGGCAACAUUAGCAUCCCUUGGUGUUGUGACCCCGACUCCCGAGCCUGUCCUAACAGAGGAAGAGGACUCAGAAGGUGAUGGGGAGGAACUGAUAAGGCCUCCCUCUCCAGGACCCUCCUCUCUGGCAAUGCCUCAGGUUCCAUCCGAAGGCCAGGAGGAACAGCCUGGGAUGUGCCAGGAGGAAAGCAUAUCGGAACAACAACAGAUAGGGAGCGAGGAUGAUGAAUCCUGGCUUGAUCCCAGGCAGCGUCGGAGGGAGAAGCGUGCGCAGCAACGAAAGAGGUGUGGGAGGGCCAGAGAUUGAGCUGAGUCACAGAGCCACACCCCACAAGGAAUAAAAGUGGGUGUGAUUGCUCUUCAGACUUUGUGACGGUCAAAGUUAAAAACCUGAGAGUGACAUCGCAUUACCUGGAAUCUGGCGUGUACAUAUUUGGAUUGGACCUUGGCUAACUCUUGCUUCGUGGAUUACUUUUUGCUACUGGACCAGACUGAGGAUAAAUGCUCUCUUGCUUACUGUGAGUGAAAACUGACUUGGCAGGCAUUACGCAGUUUACUGCCAAAACUCUUAUCUGCAAGGGUUUCUAGUCUGAUUGCUUAAUUAAAAACUUGGCAGGCAUGCCUGGUUGUGUGUUUGCCUGUGUGGGGAAGGGGGACAGAACCCUUGGUGUCAAGCGAGCAAGUGUACCUGCGCACAGAUACACACCCAGAGAGAAUUGCAUUACCUGCCUGCAAAAUAAAGCACAGUGUGGUCUUCAUAGAAGCCUCCCAUUCUCCCGUCUGGAUGAUGCCAACUUUCCCAUAGCAAGAUUUACUUCCAACAAAAUGCAUGAUGAUCUUAGCCAGGUGAGCUGGCAUUUCUGCAGCUUAAGCAAGGCUCCUUCUCUGUUUAAUUCCUUCUUUCUUUUCAACCCUUCAGUAGUCCCUUAUCAACCGUCCGUUCUAAAAUCUUAAGCACAGGAACAGGACUGGCUCCUUUCCGCAGGACCGUCUGGGUCACUAGCAUGAAAUAAAAUGCCUGCAAUUAAGAAAUAAUAAUAAUAAUACUACUACUAAUAAUAAUGGAGGAACCUGGAUCAAAGUUUUGAUCUGCUCAGGAUCCGAGGUGAUCAAAACAUAGGUGGCUACUCUAGGUGCAAUCUGCACAUCUGAGACUCCUGUUUGUGAUGCACAGUGUACCGAAACUAUAGGUUGUAGCUCAUUGAGUAAAAAACACAACAUUCCUACUUGCUCUGUAAGGAUUUCUGCUUUCGUGUCCAGAUCUCUUAAAUCUCCACAUGUUGCCAACAUCUGGUCCUUCUCAUUUACUCGGAUUCCCCCGAAGAAGAGAUUUGUUUAGCUUCCCCUGAGCACAGCUUAAUCCUAUCCCCUUGAAGAUUUGGUACGGUAACGUAUUUACAUUUUUUGGGAGACUUCUGAUUGGUGGGACUAGGACCCAUGUUUUCAAAAGCUUGAAGGAUGAGUUGAUUGGAAAACCACACUUCCUCUAUCCUCAGAUGGAUAGCUAUUUUUGGCACCCGGGAGUUAUAGUCCAAGGUUUUGGAAGAUGACACAGGUGGAUGGGCUCUAAGGUAGCCCCAUUGAGGUAGCAAUUCUGUUUCAGCUGUAAGUUUGCCUUUACAAUCCUGCCUUUUGCUCCCUGAAAAACUAUAGAAUGCAAGCAGCCAGAGCUACCCAUGAAUAGUCUCAAACAGUAGCUUUAUUGUUAGUCACAUAUGUUACAGGAAUAACAGAGUUGGAAGGGGCCUUGGAGAUCUUCUAGUCCAACCCUCUGCUCAAGCAGGAAAAACUGUGACAUUUCAGACAAAUGGUUGCCCAGGCUCUUCUUUAAAAACCUCUAAUGUUGGAGCACUUCUGGAGGCAAGUUGUUCCACAGAUGAAUUGUUCUCACAGUCAGGAACUUUCUCCUUAGUUCUAGGUUGCUUCUCUCUUUAAUGAUCUUCUACCAGUUAGUUCUUGUCCGGCCCUCAAGUGUUUGGGAGAAUAGAAUCAUAGGAUCCUACGGCUGGAAGGGUCUUUAGAUGUCUUCUAAUCUAGUCCAACCCCCUGCUGAAGCAGGAGACCCUACACCACUUCAGACAAAUGGCUGUCCAAUCUCUUCUUGAAAACCUCCAGUGUUGAAGCACCCAGAACGUCUGGAAGCACGUUGUUCCACUGGUCGAUUGUUCUCACUGUCAGGAACUUUCUCCUUAGUUCUAGGUUGCUUCUCUCCUUGAUUAAUUUCCACCCGUUGCUUCUUGUCCUGCCCUCAGGUGCUUCGGAGAAUAGAUGGACCUCCUGUUCUUUGGGGCAGUCCGUCAGAUAUUGGAACACUGAUUCACUCCAGACUGACCACCUUCUCUUGGAAACGGUCAGAUAGGGCUUCAGGAAUUCUGGGAGAAGUCAGUCCUGUGCCACUUUCUUCACUGCAAAGAUUCCAAGCUCAGCCCCCUCUUAACACCUCCUUCCAGUCUAGCUGGAGAUGCCACCACAAGUACGUUUGGACCUUCUGAGGAAUGAUCUAGAUGAAUUCCCUUCUCUUUGAACCAGCAGUCCUCUUUCCAUCAGCCUCUCUCUCAUCUCUUAGCCCCUCAGAAGGGUAACUUAGGUGAGACGGUCAGGGUAGAAAUGUGAUGAACAAAUAAAUAAAUAGGAAUUAUCCUUGUUCUGAUGGGCUUCCUUCCCUUCCUGCUAACAAGAUGGAUCAAACGUCCUUGCCGAUCAGUCUCUCUAGAUACCUACGGAGCUCUUGAAUUUUUAGGUUAUCUUGACCUUGGAUUUCCUUGUCCGCCUUGGGGAGCUGUACCUAGUCCUGAGGACCCUCCAUGCAGAUAUUUUUAGAUAUCAAAGUGACCCUAUUUUUCUGGGGUCAGGGAUGCAUGAUCAUUUCAGCCUUAAUCCUUCCUUGUACAUGACUCAGACUCUUAGAUGGGUGAAAACUCGGGGCGUGCUUUUGAAAAAUAGCUGCCAAAUCUGACGAGGUGAGACAAGAAAUAUGUCUAUCAAGAAGAUGACCAAAUGUCACCUUUGCUGUUUUGUUCUUAGACCGUUCUCGGUCUGUAGCUGUAAGAGAGGAGGUGUUGUCAAAGUUUUCAUGAAAAAAAAAAAUUGUGCCACUGGGUGAGAGUGUAAGAAAAUGGCAACCGGUUGGGUUCAUCGUCCUGUCAGAUGUCGCACGUUGAUUCCAUCGAUGGACGAUGCCCCCAAACUACACAUUGGUUCACUGAAGGCCGCCAUCUUCCCUCUGGAUUGUCAUCAGUGGGAGAAAGUUCAGGUCCCAGCCAGGGUAUACAACGUCUUGAUAUGGAGGUUCUAUUUAAGGACAAAGGCUCUUCGUCAUCUCCAGAUCAAUAAUCUACAUUUAUUGAACACGGAGAGAUGCUGUUCUCGUUGAGGAAGGCGGACAGUGCAAUCUCAACCUUGGAAUGGAUUAAAAUGCAACGUCCGAUUUCUUUCUGGAUUAUAAUCCGGACCCAACAUUGCUGAGGUUUCCAAUGGUUCUCAACUUCUGUAUUGCAGGCAGAUGUUUGAAGAAAGAAUGUAUAUCUGGGCUUCACCCAUCCCAGCCAUUUGAUUUCCGUUACUGUAUUUCAUGAUGAGAUCAGUUGCCUUUCCUGUCGUUUUUUCAGAAUUGUUUCCUUGUUUUAUUCCAGCAGUUUAUUUUUUAAAAAACAACAACAACAUGAGAAUUUAGCUAGAAUUCUCCUUAGGAGAAAAUGAAACCCACCAUAAAAAUUGAGAUUUGGACUGCUAAUUAAUCCGAAUAUAUAUAUUGGGGGUUGGUUUUUAUGCACAGGAAGAAUAGACUACGGUUUGAUCCUCGUUCCGGAUUAAUGAACCAAAAAUGCAAGGCCACAAUGGCAAGCAAAACCUCCCUACAGGUAGUCCUCAAUUUAAGAACCAUUCAUUCAAAGUUACGGCGAGACUUUAAAAAGUGACAGCAAUCCCCAUGGUCCUGUGAUCAAAACGGAGAGGCUUGUCAAACUGACUUGUAUUUACAAUGGUUGCAAUGUCCCAGGGGGGGUCACACAAUCUCCUUUUGCGACCUUCUGACAAGCAAAGUCAAUGGGGGGGAGCCUGAUUCGCUUAACGACCAUGUUAAUCGCUUAAACCAUCGCAGUGACUCAUUUAACAAGUGCCUUGCUUAGCAAUGGAAAUUCUGGUCACAAUUAUAAGUUGAGGGCUAGUUGUAUGGUUGUUAAGUUGAGGACUAGCUGUAUGGCCUCCCCUUGCAAGGAAAUGUGUAUAUAGCAUUUUUCUAUGAUGAGAUAUUCAGGCAGUACCAAUAUAUGCCAACAGAGAAAUAAACUGCAUUGUUAUUUUGAUUUCUUUUCUACAUUCCAAUGUAUUCCCUUCACUCAAAUGAGUCUCUCUAUAGCGUUGUUUCUCAACUGAGGUAAUUUUAAGAGGUGUUGGACUUCAACUCCCAGAAUUCUCCAGGCCUGGCUAGAGAAUUCUGGGACUUGAAGUCCACACCUCUUCAAGGCUGCCCAAGUUGAGAAACAAGGCGCUUCUCAUUUUAACCUCCGUGUUCUCAUUCACCACAUUCCUGCUAUAAUCAACCUUGUGGCAUAAGAGAAAUAAAAAUGUCCGUUGGGAGGGAAGUUGUGUUUUCUGUGUUGUAAGUGCUUUUUUUUUUUUUUUUUGUAAAAAUAAAAAAAAUAUGUGGAGAGGACAACGAAUAUUAUAGAUAGUGUAAUAAACUGAACUUUUGCUUUCAUUUCUCGGUUUUAUUUUUAAUUCCCCCCCCCCCAUUCUUUGUAAUAAUUUCUUCGGUUCCUUUGUUUAAUUUUUCUUUCGUUUGUUUUGUUUUGUUUUGUUUCGGGGAAAACAGAGGGAAUUUUCGUGGGGAGCAGCAUUCCGCUUCAUCGUCUUUUACUUGUACAAAAUGAAAAAAAUUUUAAAAAGAAAGAGAGAGAGAGAGACUAGUCAUUCGACCGUUGAAAGAAGUGUACUUUUUUAUAAAUAAAAGAAUUUUAAAACAA